AUGAGCGACAAGAUCUCCUCGUGGAACGUCGUUCACAAACUGGAGAAGCGUCAGCUUCUCGUCGCUAUCAACUGCGUGGCCGCACUAUCCAUUCUCUUCUUUGGAUAUGACCAAGGAAUGAUGUCGGGCGUCAACAACGCAAAAGACUAUAUCGACCUGAUGAAGUUCGGCUACACUAAAGAGGAAGGCGGCGAUGUGACCCCGGUGGUCACAAAUUCCCUACUGCAGGGCGGUAUCGUGUCGGUCUAUUACCUGGGGACACUAUGCGGCGGCCUGUUUGGGGGCUGGCUCGGCGAUCGCAUGGGCAGAAUCAAGUCGAUUGCGGCGGGGGCCGUUUGGGCCAUCUUGGGAGCCAGUCUGCAGUGCUCGGCUCAGAACCACAAUUGGAUGAUUUGCUCGCGCUUCAUCAACGGCAUUGGAACCGGCAUUCUGAACGCUAUCGUGCCGGUUUGGGCCACCGAAACCGCCGAGCAUACUUCGCGCGGUCAGUUCAUUGCCAUCGAAUUCACGCUGAACAUCUUUGGCGUGGUUCUUGCCUAUUGGCUCGAGUUGUACGUGUCGUACUCUGUUUCUCUCUCCCCAAUCACUUCAUGUAGGCUAAUAUUGACCAGCGGUCUGUCGUUCAUCGAUGGUGGCGCGUCAGCCUUCCGGUGGAGAUUCCCUAUUGCUUUCCAGAUUCUUUUCCUGCUGGUUCUAUUUGCAUCUGUCUGGUUCUUCCCCGAGUCUCCUCGCUGGUUGGUCAAGGUCGGCCGUGAGGAAGAGGCCCGGUAUAUCCUGCAGCGGCUGCGCGGGAGCAGCGCCGAGGACCGCGUGCGCGCGGAGGCGGAAUUCCAGGAUAUCCAAAACAUCGCUGAGAUGGAGAAGACGGUGGUGCACGGCAACUCGUACCUGUCCAUGCUCUUUGGGUACAAGUCCGGGGACUUGCAUAUUGGCCGGCGCGUGCAGUUGGUUGUCUGGCUCCAGAUUAUGCAGGAAUGGGUUGGCAUCGCUGGGGUGACGGUGUAUGCGCCGACGAUAUUUAGCAUUGCCGGGUUCGACUCUAUCAAGAGUCAGUGGAUCAGCGGGCUGAACAAUGUUUUCUAUAUGUUUGCCACCCUUGUUUGUGUCUUCACCCUCGACCGCAUCGGUCGCCGAUGGACCCUAUACUGGGGCUCGGUGGUUCAGGGUAUCGCCAUGUUCCUUGCAGGCAGUUUCUCCCGCCUCGCCAUCAACGCCAAAGCCGAUGGCAACAUGAGCCAAGCGUCCUCGUAUGGCGCAGCCGCAGCCGCAAUGAUCUUCAUUUUCACCUCCACAUUCGGCGCCACCUGGCUGACCGUGCCGUGGCUGUACCCAGCCGAGAUCUUCCCGCUGGCCGUGCGCGCCCGGGGCAACGCCUGGGGUGUUGUGGGGUGGAGUAUCGGCAACGGAUGGCUGACACUCCUAUGCCCCGUGAUGUUCGGCUCUAUCGGCGAAAAGACGCUUUAUGUGUUCGCGGCCAGCAAUGUCAUCACCAUUCCCAUGGUCUGGGCUCUAUAUCCGGAGAGCAACCAGCGCACACUGGAGGACAUGGAUCUUUUGUUCGCCGCCAAGACGCCCUGGACGUGGGAUGCCGAGAAGACUUUUGCGCAGCUCAAGGCUGAAAACCCCGGCAUGAUUCAGACUACCAGCCGCAAGGGUAGCGUCGUGGAUCCUGAGACUGGAAAGGAAGUAUCAGUGGAUGCUAUCGUGUCCAAGGUGGAAGACAAUGCGGCGACCGAGCAUCAACCCGACGCUGCAAAGAGUACCAGCACCAGCAACACAACAACCACAACCCCAACCAUAAUCUCAAACCCUACACCCACCCCCUCAACCCCAAACCCAAAAAUCCCUCCACCGCAUCUCCCUCCACCCAACCCUCACCCCCUACCGCCGCCGCGUCUACCGCACCCUCCUCUCCGUGCCCGCCGGCCGCUGGACCACGUACGCGGCCAUGGCCUCGUACCUGCACUCCAGCCCGCGGGCCGUGGGGAAUGCGAUGCGCACGAACCCGUGCCGUGCCACCGCGUGCUGGCUGCUGACGGGUCGCUGGGCGGGUAUAAGGGGCAGUGGCGGGUCAGCGCGCACCGCGGCAGCGGGUCUUUUUGCGAUGAGAAGAGAAUGCGGUUGGAGGAGGAGGGGGUUGUGUUUGACGAAGCUGGGAGGGCGACUGGGGGGUGUUUUGUUGAGUUUGGGGAUUGGGCGGGGGGGAAGAAGUAG